AUGGAUAGCCUCAUCUGGGCCGGGAGUCAACCACUUGAAGCUAUCGGAGCUCUCCUCAACACCCCGCUCCAAUGUAUUCCCUACGCUCUUGGGCUGUUACUGGGAUGGCCCCUUUUAACCACCUCCCUGCGCUACAGACGGCUAUCACAGCUGAAGAAGAAAUACAACUACCCGACUCGCGAAUCGAUGGCCAAGAUGACCGAUGAAGAAGCCUAUGAAAUCCAGCUCGUAAUUGGGCAGCUUGAGUUCCCCUUUAUGUUUGUCAAGGCACUACAGUUCGCUCUAUUCCGGACAUACGGUAUCCCUUCAAUCUCCAGCGUCCUCACAAAGACAAGCCAGUUCUCCAACCCAGAAACUUCGCUCAAGCGCUACAACGAUACGACAGCCCUUGUCAACGAAAUGGUAGCAAAUAGCCCCACCUCCGUUCGCGCUUUCAACUCCCUGGCCCGUACCCGCUUCCUGCACAGCGGAUACCGCGCCUCAGGCACAAUCCUCGACUCCGACAUGCUAUACACUCUCGCUCUCUUCGCGCUCGAGCCAAUCAAGUUUAUCAAUAAAUUCGAGUGGCGCUCUCUCUGCGACCUGGAGCGCUGCGCGAUAGGCACAUUCUGGAAGAGUGUGGGUGAUGCGUUGGGGAUUCCAUUCGACGAGUUACCGUCUGGAAAGACGGGGUUCAAGGAUGGGUUGCAUUGGCUUGAGGAGGUGGAGGCUUGGAGUCAGGAGUAUGAGGCUAGGUUUAUGGUGCCUGAUGUGAAGAAUCGGGAGACUGCUGAUCAGACGAUGGAGAUUUUGGUUUACAUGGUGCCUAAGGUGCUGCAUCCUGUUGGGUUUCAGUUUGUCUCGUUUAUGAUGGAUGACCGGUUGAGGAAGGCUAUGAUGUAUGAUGCGCCUCCGCCGUUCUUGGGAAAGGUUUUCGCCAGUGUACUUAACGUGCGAAAGCUUUUCUUGCGCUACUUUAUGCUUCCCAGGCCUUCUUUCAUGAAGGUUCAGAAUGUUUCGGCGAAGCCCGAUGAAAAUGAUCGAUACUUCUUGACUUCGUGGGAGGCGGCUCCUUACUACGUCAAGCCGACUUUCUGGAAUCGAUGGGGUCCUAUGGCAUGGUUAACUUGGGCGGUCGGUCGUCCUGUUCCUGGUGAUGAUGGAGAUAAGUAUCGUCCUACUGGGUAUCACAUUAAUGAUAUCGGGCCUAAGUAUUUUGAAGGAAGGGGCCAGAAAGCGAUUGAACAGACUAUGGAGGAGUUGAAGGUCUUCCGAACCGGCAAGUGUCCCUUCCACUAA